ACAAACGAGACAUUCUACAGCAAAACAUGACCGUAGUGCAACAGGUGAACAUAAGCUGCGAAUGUUAUCAUCGUCGUGGACUUCUCUAUGUGCUGCGUCCCUGGGCCUGGGGUCGUCCCUGCCGCCGCUGCCGACGCAUGAUGGAUCGCAAUGUGGUUGUGGUGCCCACUUCUGGUGCGGCUGCAGUAACAGUAAAUGGCGGCAUAGACAGAACGUGCGUGUCCCCUGUUGUUGUGUCCACAACCACUCGAGCUGUUAACGUGCCACAAGUGGCUGUUGCACCAGCACAAAUGGCCAUCGAUUGGCAGGCUACGCAGCAAACGUUUCCCUCGGCACUUCCGCCGAAGUACAGCGAAAUGGUGGCCACCAACUGAAAAGCCUGUCUUGAAAAGUAGGACUUAUAAAAAUUGGAAAUUUCUUAUAUGCAAGAUUUUUCAGUGAAAGAAAUAAUAUAAUAAUUUCUUUUGGUUA